GUUGAUUAGCUAAUGAUUAAGAAAUCCUCUCAUGAUUAAUGCAAAAACAAACAGAUAAAAAAAAACAAUUGCUUGGCAAAACGAUUUCAUAUCGAAACCCUGGGCACUGAGCAAGGAGGGGCCGUGCUUGACUGUAGACUGACUGAAGCGCCGAUCAAAGCCACCACGACCCCCACUUAUUAGCACUGUUAUUUGGUUGAGCUUUUCCGUAAUUUCCAUGCAUAACCAUUUGAGCUUGAAACGUGAAAUUAAAUGCAUUUAUUCUAUAGACUAUCUGACUUUUGAACGAUAUGUGCAUGUAGGCAAACAGACCGCCUUUGUAGUAUCGAGGUCACAGAAAUGUAGACGGACAUUACUAGUGAGGGAGCAACAAACCGUCUCACAGCACAAACCCAAAUUCAGAGCCUUUACAUUUCUGCCUUGGACAUCUCCCCCGCAAAUGUGAUGCAGUCGCUUGCACAAGAAAUCAAAUCCUUCUCCAAAGCUAAUUUGCGGAAACAAUGCACCAGAGUAACGACUUUGAGCGGCAGGCGGAUUAUUGAGACAUGGAAAGGCUCCACUGUACAGGUGGUUGAGGAAACAGUACAGCCUGAAACUGCAUGUGGAUAUGUUCAGGAUAAUAACUGGGAUCUUCAAGUUGGAUAUGUUAAACCAUAUCUAUUACUUGGGUCACAAGAUGCCGCUCAUCACUUUGGUACUUUGAGGAAAUAUAAGGUCACACAUAUAUUAAAUGUUGCCUAUGGUGUGGAGAAUGCCUUUCCUGACCUGUUCAUCUAUAAAACACUGAGCAUACUGGAUGUACCUGACACUGAUAUCAUAUCACAUAUCGAGGAGUGUGCACAGUUUAUAGACCAGGCUAAAGCUGAGAAAGGAGUUGUACUUGUCCACUGCAAUUCUGGAGUUUCACGUUCUGUGUCGGUCGUCAUUGGAUAUCUGAUGUUGAAAGAAAAUCAGCCUUUUGGAGACACAUUUGCGCUGGUGAAGUCAGCUCGACCCGCCUCAUGUCCAAAUCCAGGUUUCAUGGAACAGCUGAAAAACUUCAGACCACAGGAAGCUACACAAGCAAACGGUUUGGGUCAUGAUUGAACAUUAUUCUACAGCUGCAUCCACACAAUGUCAAAGAGAUAGUUCACCCAAACUUUAAAUUCUGUCAAUUCUGUUUUUGUCCAUUGAACUCAAAUGGUGAUAUUUGUAGAGAAUGUACAAACUGCUCUUUUCCUUACAGUGAAAGUAAGUGGGGACCAUGACUGUCAAGUAAGAUUUCUGAGGUUUGAGGCGGUCUAUUCCUCACACUAAGAAAUCACACAAAUAAUUGCGUAAUAUUGGUUUGGAAUGAUAUGAGGGUGAGUAAAUAAAGACAGAAUUUUAAUUGUUUUGGUGAACUGCCCUUUUAAAGUCACCAGUGCUUCCAUCGUAAUUUCAUAUAUGACUUUGAUUUGACACUUUGGAAUUUGUAUUGAAUUUGAAUUUUGUCUAUCAGCUGGAAUUUGAAUUGAACUGGCUCCACAAGAUGUUAAACUGGAUUAUGAAAUGACAGGAAGAGGAAUUUAAUAAAAUGCAGUACAAAGAAAUUAUAAUAAUAAAAAUUCACCACAAUCACAGAUAAGAUGAAUUAAUUACCAUUCCCAGCCUCUCCAUUUUAUCAGUAAUUUCUUCAGCUGAAUUACAAUUCUUAUCCUGUUUGCUACUUCAAUUAAAUUUCAGUAAUUCAGCAGUUCAUAAGCUUCAUUUAAAAAUAAAUUAGCGAACAAACUGUAUCCUUUAAGAUGCAAUUAUUUUCCUAUUCUGUUAAGUUCAUCAGAUGUUUAUUAUCUUUCCUGAUAGAAACAUCUUGUGGUCAACACUCACAAUUAUCAUAUUCAUUGAUCUGGGCUGAAUUUUCUGUUAAAGUUUAUGUUAGCUUCAUUGGUGACAAUGGUUCUACGAUAAAUUUAGGCUAACCCUGCUUUUGGGAAACACAGCCCUAGAAAAAGAAUUUGAUCCAAUUUUUUUUUUUAUUAAUUAAUUAAUUUAUCAAUAAAGACGGUUUCUUAUAUUCAGUAACUUUAAUAGCAACACUAACUCAUUUUGUCCUCCCUUGACAUCCUUGAUUAGCAUCUGGGAUUUUAAGCUAUAUUUGUGCAAUAUAGUAUCUUAAAUAUCAACCAAAAGAGAGGGACUAGUUGAAGAAGUCUUAAUAUCUUUUGUAAUUUUGAAAUUUUAAUUACAUAUUUUGAUGUUUUUGUCCAUAUUGCAUAGUAAUAUAGAGAUUUUUGUUUUAAUCUUAAGGUUCAUGUUUAAUCCUGUUUUUCACUGUUGUGAUGUGUUUUUCUGAAGGUAGAAAAUUGUCAUCAGUGCUUGUGAGGAUGUUUGACAUGAAAGUUGAAUUCACUUUUAGAACUUCUGGGAUUCAUUUUGUGGUGCAGACUGAGCCUUGAUUUUAAAGUAUGGAUGUGUGGAAUGGAUUGUAUUGAA